CCACAAAGUCCGAGUCUUCACCGGGGAGUUUUGAACAUUCCCUCGAUUCUGGGCAGAGAUUGACAUCAUCCGCCUUGGCCACUGCAAAAUUGAACAAAACCGUCCAUUUACACCAGCAACACGGGAGCGGGAAACGAUUGUCGUGUGAACGGGUACUUGAAGUAAUACUUACAUAUAAAAAUCGGUCUUAGGUGGUUUAAAUCACGGAAAUCGCCAUUUUUUCCCAGUGUGGAAAAAUGACAUAAGGCGUCAUCUCCGCUGCUCGACUCUCCACCACCCUCUUCGCGAUUUCGCGAAUUGUCGUGUGCAAGUUCAAUAUGAAUUCAGAUUCGGAGGUUCCCACCUUGGAGCCUAUCGCAUCCUUCCAACCGUCCCUCAACACUCGGGCUUGGAUGACGGCACCUCACCCAAAGCUACCAAUUCUCGCGACUGCAUCCGCCGACAAGACUGUCAAAAUAUUCUCCCUCACUACAUUCCGACAGCUCUCCUCAAUAACAGGUGGUCACAAGCGUAGCAUACGAUCGUGUGCGUGGAAGCCGGGAACGCGAAACGAGUCGGUUCUAGCUACCGGAUCAUUCGAUGCCAGUGCUGGGAUCUGGAGACAUGACGACCAUCCCGGCUCGAACGAGGCUCACAACGAGGAAAGCAAAAACGAUCGAUCUGAAGAUGAAGACGACGAUUGGCGGUUUGCAGUGAUCCUCGACGGCCACGAAUCUGAAAUCAAGUCCGUUGCUUGGAGCGCAGGUGGUCAGUUUCUUGCCACCUGCAGCCGCGAUAAGAGCGUAUGGAUCUGGGAAGAGAUGGAAGAUGAUAACUUCGAGACCGUAGCGGUGCUUCAAGAGCAUGAUGGAGACAUCAAAUACGUCCGCUGGCACCCAGAAGAGGACCUUUUAGCGAGCGCGGGAUACGAUGACACGAUUCGACUCUACCGGGAGGACGUGGAUGAUUGGAUCUGCGUUUCCACCAUCGACGCCCACCAAGCCACCGUCUGGAGUCUCGAUUUCGAACCUCCCAAGAACCCAUCGCUCAUAGACAGCGUCGGCCCAGAUGCGGCUCGCCAGAAGGACCUGCAGGAGCUGGAGAAAUCUGGUCCAAGAUUGGCAUCAUGUUCUGAUGACCUAACGAUUCGCAUAUGGAGGAGGACUCCCAAAGGCGGUGCAGAGGACAAGCCUCUCCGAGAUCGAAUCCCAAGCAUCAUCCGCACCAACAACGUCGACGAAGAAUGGUUGGAGGACGCAUGCCUCCCGAAACGGCACGAGCGAGCCAUAUAUUCCGUCGCCUGGAGCCCCAAAUCCGGACUGAUCGCCAGCACUGGUAGCGAUGGUAAGAUCGUCGUGUAUCAGGAGUUUUGGCGAGACAGUCAUGAUCAAGAUGAAGUGCGGUCGGAAGGUCCUCCAACGGAGACAUCACGGGAGUGGAAGGUUGUCGCCGAGGUCGAGAAUGCGCAUGAUAUCUUCGAGGUGAACCACGUUUGCUGGACGGUCCGAGCGGAUCGGGGAAGAUCAAAUGAGGGCGAAGAGGUGCUCAUCAGUACUGGUGAUGACGGAGAGGUCAAAAUGUGGUCAAUUCAAAGGGGUACGUAGUACUCCAGAAGGUCGUAGCUGGAUUGUCAAGGCCCCCAAACGUUGACGGGUCGAAGAUGGCCAUGUACAAAGGUCUGGAAGCAUGAAGAACGAGCUUGAGAUGUUGGGGUUCGGCAUUUGAUUCCUCUAUCUAGACGCAGGCUGGAGGAGGACUCAAAGGUAAAACGUCAAUCAGUUGCCUUCCCCCUUCCCGUUACGUUGUAUAUAGACACUGGUAUAUAGAAAAUACAUUCAGUCUCAAUCCGAACCUCCAUAUACAAGGACAUAGUGGCAAACUAUCCGAGAGUUCCUACUCAACCAAAGAUUGCCUUAAUAAAUCAAUUUAUAAACUUACCCGUAGGGGUCAUACCUGUGGCGGGUACGGUACAUAGGCUAUUGCCCAGAGAGAUGAGAUCAAACUUAUUAACAGCCAGUCUUUUGUGUGUCAAGCAGCAGCUUAAUUUGCUAGAAGCCAGCCAUAUAUGACUAUCGACUGAUAUCGUGUUCAGUUAUGUUAGAG